AUGAAGGUCUUCAGCAGCUCCCACACCUUCAACUACUCCUGGGAGGAGGUGUCCACCGCCAACUGGCGCAAGUACUGCCCCUGGAACCACAAGUCUACCCACGUCACCUCGGUCGACACCCUCGCGCGACACGUUGACCCGGUCACGGGCAUCCUGCGCACCGAGCGGCUCAUCACCUGCAAGCAGUCCGCCCCGGAGUGGAUCAAGGCUCUCAUCGGCGCCGGCGACGAGUCCCACGUCUUCGAGACCUCCUACGUCGACCCGACCGGUCGCACUGUCACCAUGGUCUCGUGGAACCUGACCUGGAGCAACGUCCUCAACUGCCAGGAGACCGUCGUCUACAGGCCGGUCAACGGCGGCACCCAGACCGCCUUUGAGCAGGAGGCCAGGAUCACCGCCGUGUGCGGCGGCUGGCAGCGCAUCAAGAACAAGAUCGAGGACUUUUCUGUCUGCCGGUUCCGCGACAACGCCAUCAAGGGCAAGGAGGGUUUCGAGGCCGUGUUAGCCAUGAGCAGGAGGGUCUUUGCCGAGGAGAGGGAGCGCGAG